AUGAUUGAGGGAAUGGUGAAGGUUGGUGUUAUUGAACCUUCAUCUAGUCCAUGGUGUUCACCUGUGGUGCUGGUAAAGAAGAAGGACGGCAGCAUGCGGUUUUGUGUUGACUACCGCCACCUGAACGACGUUACAAGGAAGGACAGCAUUCCCUUGCCAAGAAUUGAUGACACGCUGGACAUGCUUACAGGCGUAAAGUGGUUUAGUACGCUGGAUCUGAAAAGUGGCUACUGGCAGGUUGAAAUUGACCCUAAGGACAAGGAGAAAACUGCAUUCUCCACAGGAAAGGGUCUGUGGCAAUUUAAAGUCAUGCCGUUUGGAUUGUGCAAUGCUCCAGCAACGUUUGAAAGGUUGAUGGAGCUUGUACUUACCGGGCUAAUCUGA